UCCACUGUUAAACAAAACUCAGUUCAGAGGAGAAUUGAACGGGGAAUUAAAGGGAGUGUAUAUCAAAUGAUGGCAAGUUCAAAUAAAACCAGAAACAACUUCACGUCAAAUAAUCAAGCAGUAUGCACAAGAACAAAUCAAAUCCUUGCCCUGAUUCUAAUUACAGUUACAUUCUUUCUUACAAGAAUUUUCAAUCAAUCUUGCCCUAAUAAUUACUCUUCCACCUCUUCUAUCAGCAAAUCAUCAUCAUCAUCGCAGGAUCUUUAUUUUGUUAAUAAUGCUUGGCCUAAUAGAGGUUUUGGAAAUCAACUUUCUUUGAAGAUCUAUGUUUAUGAUGAGAAUGAAAUUGAUGGUCUUAAAGAGUUGAUGUAUGGCAGAGAUGGGAAAAUUACUGUCGAUUCUUGCUUGAAAGGCCAAUGGGGAACUCAGGUUAAAAUCCAUCAGCUGCUCCUUAAAUCGAGGUUUCGUACAUUGAAGAAAGAGGAUGCGGAUCUGUUCUUUGUUCCGACUUAUGUGAAAUGUGUUAGGAUGAUGGGUGGUCUGACUGAUAAGGAAAUAAACUCAACAUAUGUCAAGGUUUUGAGUCAAAUGCCAUAUUUUCGAUUAUCAGGUGGGCGCGACCAUAUAUUUGUUUUCCCCAGUGGUGCCGGAGCUCACAUUUUCAGAUCUUAGCCGAAAUACUUAAAUCGAUCCAUCAUUCUUACUCCUGAGGGGGACCGCACGGAUAAGAGAGACACAAGUGCUUUUAAUACAUGGAAAGAUAUUAUUAUCCCUGGAAAUGUUGAUGAUAGUAUGACAAGCUAUGGAGCUAGCUUAGUCAACCCUCUGCCCUUAUCAAAGAGGAAGUUUUUAGCAAACUUCUUAGGUCGGGUUCAGGGAAAAAUUGGCCGUAUUAAACUGGUUGAGCUUGCAAAGAAUUUCCCAGAUAAGUUGGAAUCUCCAGAGUUGAAGUUCAGUGGCCCUGAAAAACUCGGUCGUAAAGAGUAUUUUGAACACUUACGGAAUGCAAAAUUCUGCCUAGCCCCACGCGGCGAAUCAUCGUGGACUUUGCGGUUUUAUGAGUCCUUUUUUGUGGAAUGCGUCCCUGUGAUCUUAUCCGAUCAGGUAGAACUUCCUUUCCAGGAUGUCGUUGAUUACAGCCAGAUAUCAAUCAAGUGGCCAUCUACACAUAUUAGUCCUCAACUGUUAGAUUACCUAGAAUCAAUUCCGGAUAAAGAGAUAGAUGCCAUCAUUGCCCGUGGCAGAAAGAUUAGAUGCUUAUAUGCGUAUGCUCCAGAAACACAACCAUGUUCUGCAUUUGUUGGAAUACUGUGGGAACUUCAAAGAAGAGUGAGACAGUUUCACCAAUCUGCAGAAACAUUCUGGUUACACAACGGGUCUAUUAUAAACAGAAACUUCGUACAGUUCCAUGAAUGGAAACCUCCCAUGCCUUUGCCAUGAACAUCCCUUGCCAAUCACUUCAACAAUCUGGUAUAUGAACAUCCCUUGCCAAUCACUCAUCUUGCACUUCUUCAAGUCUUGGAGUGCGUCUUUGAGGGCUCAACUAGUCAACAACAAGCCUUCUUUUUCUCUCGAUAAUACCCCUUUUACUAGAAAUCAUCACAUUGUACAUCAUGAUUUGAGCAAUAAUAUUUACGGCUAAAUUUAUUUAACAAAUUUAGUUAAAUUUCUUAGAAAUUCUUCGACUGCAAUACACUACAUU